CCUCGUAGGCAGCGGGGCGUUCCGAGUGCCCGGCGCCGCAUUGCCAUGGCUGCCCGUGGCGGCGUAGCCACCGCCGGCGAGGGCCUGCGCUACGCUGAGGACUCGCCGCCCCCGACCAAGCGGUCGGACACCGACAUUGACCGGAGACUGGCAGGAAGUUUGAUAGCUGUGGGACUGGGUAUUGCAGCUCUUGGAUUUGCAGGUCGCUACACAUUUCAAAUCUGGAAACCUCUAGGACAAGUAAUCACAGAAACUGCAAAAAAGAUUUCAACUCCUAGCUUUUCAUCCUACUAUAAAGGAGGAUUUGAACAAAAAAUGAGUAGGCGAGAAGCGAGUCUUAUUUUAGGUGUAAGCCCAUCUGCCGGCAAGGCCAAGAUUAGAACAGCUCACAGGAGAAUCAUGAUUUUGAAUCACCCAGAUAAAGGUGGAUCUCCUUACUUAGCAACCAAAAUUAAUGAAGCAAAAGACUUGCUAGAAGCAGCCACCAAACACUGAUUGAUGCUCAAGGACCACUCUGAAGGAGAAAAAGGGGGACCUUAUAAAAAAUGUCCUGCAAGUUAAUCUAAAUCAUGACCUUCAUAAUUUUCAUACAUGUAGUGACCACAAUCAUUUCUUCCACUACUAAGCUAUAUAAUAAUAAAAGAUGAACAAUCCA